UGAUAUCGUCAAUGGACGAGACGCUGAUGACGCUAAUGGGGGGGUAGAGUAGAAAAUAUAUAUUUGACAGGGGUUUGACUGACGGGAGAUAAGGGGGCAGUAGUAGGCGAGAAAGACCUGCGUAUGAAACGAAAUUUAAGUUACUUUUUGUAUGUCGGUCACAUUUUUUUUGUGACUGGUGCCGCGAGUUGAAUCGUAUGUGAUGAUUAAUUCGGAAAGACACAGCAACAGGGCAUAGAACUACAGGAUGUCGCGGACAGUUUCAGUUUUUUGGAUGGGGAAGCACGACUAGAACAGUAAAACGCAACGCGGAAAAUAUUUAAAAGGGAGAAUGCGAAUGGUUAGAAGAGAUAGAAUUCAAACAAAAUGGAAACAAUGUAGCAUCGCUGCGGCAUUCCAUAUAGCUAUAAGCACUACUAGAGUAGAAAAUAGAGAGCUAGUUAACAAAUAUAAAUGUAACGUUACUUAUUAUUUAUCAGAAAAGCUCAAACAGAGUCUGUAGUAAACUGGUUGAAAUAAAAAUAGUUCGUUGGUGUCCCCAGCUACCAAAGAAGAAAAAACUCAAAUAUGCUACGGAGAAGACUGAACCGUUUGUUUGGUAGGGACGAGAGGAGGGUAGACAGCAGGACCAUCUACGUAGGCCACCGGCCCUGUCCCACCACCGACGCUUUCAUCCCCCCCAAGUUCUGUGACAACAGGAUUGUCUCUUCCAAGUACACGGUGUGGAACUUCCUGCCGAAGAAUCUGUUUGAACAGUUCAGAAGAAUCGCCAAUUUCUACUUCCUCAUCAUCUUUUUGGUGCAGGUGAUUGUAGACACCCCCACCAGCCCAGUCACUAGUGGCCUGCCAUUGUUCUUCGUCAUCACAGUAACAGCCAUUAAACAGGGCUAUGAGGACUGGCUGCGGCACAAGGCAGACAAUGAGGUGAAUAAGUACCUGGUGACGGUGCUGGAGGACGGCCGGAGAGCACGCAAGGAGAGCGAGAAUAUCAAGGUCGGGGAUGUGGUGGAGGUGGUGGAGGAUGAGACCUUUCCCUGUGACCUCAUCCUGCUGCAGUCRAGCCGGGAGGACGACACCUGCUUUGUCACCACGGCCAGUCUGGACGGGGAGUCCAACCAUAAGACACACUACACAGUGCCAGACACAGAGAAGGGCCUGGAGUCUCUCAGCGCCACCGUGGAGUGCGAGCAGCCGCAGCCUGACCUCUACAAGUUUGUGGGGCGUAUGCACAUCUACAAGAAUGACCAGGAGCCUGCUGUGAGGUCUUUGGGUCCAGAGAAUCUCCUCCUGAAAGGCGCUACCUUGAAGAAUACUCAGAAGAUUUAUGGAGUGGCAGUGUACUCUGGCAUGGAAACCAAAAUGGCUCUGAACUACCAGGGGAAGUCCCAGAAGCGGUCUGUGGUGGAGAAAUCUAUCAAUGCCUUCCUGCUGGUGUACCUGUGUAUCCUGGUGAGCAAGGCCCUGGUGUGCACCACYCUCAAGUACGUGUGGCAGAGCCAACCAGGCCAGGAAGAGCCCUGGUACAACCAGAAGACGCAGAAGGAGAAAGAUGCCAACCUGUACCUGAAGAUGUUUACUGACUUCCUGUCGUUCAUGGUUCUGUUCAACUUCAUCAUCCCCGUGUCCAUGUACGUGACGGUGGAGAUGCAGAAGUUCCUGGGCUCCUUCUUCAUCUCCUGGGACAAGGACUUCUUCGACCCCGAGAUCCAGGAAGGGGCUCUGGUCAACACCUCUGACCUCAACGAGGAGCUAGGACAGGUGGAGUAUGUGUUCACGGACAAGACGGGCACUCUGACCCAGAACAGCAUGGAGUUCAUCGAGUGCUGCAUCGACGGCUUCCAGUACAAGAACCGUGACUCGAGCACCGAGCUGGACGGCUUCUGUGUCACAGAUGGACCCGUGAGCAUGCUGCAGCAGAAGGCUGGCAGGGAGGAGGAGGAGCUGUUCCUGCGGGCUCUGUGUCUGUGCCACACGGUGCAGGUCAAGGAGUCUACGGGUCAGGAGGACGGGGUUGGGGACCAGGUGGACGGUGUCCUGGGGCUGGACGGAGAGAUGGUCCACCCUGCAGAGCUCAGGGGCUUCAURGCRUCCUCACCCGACGAGGUGGCACUGGUCAAGGGAGCCAUGAAGUAUGGUUUCACAUUCCUAGGUAUGGAGAGCAAGAACAUGAGAGUGAUGAACAGAGACAAAGAUGUUGAAACGUACGAGCUGCUUCAUGUGUUGAACUUUGACCCGGUGAGAAGGCGUAUGAGCGUAAUAGUCCGAUCCAAAUGCGGGGACAUCAUGCUGUUCUGUAAGGGGGCCGACUCCUCCAUCUUCCCCCGUGUCAGGCAGGAGGAGGUGGACAGGAUAUGCAUGCACGUGGAGCGCAACGCUACGGAAGGCUACCGGACGCUGUGUGUGGCCUACAAGCUGCUGAGUUCUGAAGAGUACGCCCAGGCAGACGCAGGGCUGAGGGAUGCCAGGCUGGCCCUGGAUGACCGAGAGGAGAAACUCAUGGCUGUCUACAACCAGGUGGAGACUGGAAUGAGCCUGAUCGGCGCUACCGCCGUGGAGGACAGGUUGCAGGAGGAGGCAGCGGAGACCAUGGAGGCCCUGCAGCGGGCUGGCAUGAAGGUGUGGGUUCUUACYGGGGACAAGAUGGAGACGGCCAAGUCCACYUGCUACGCCUGCCGGCUGUUCCAGAGGGGCACAGAGCUGCUGGAACUGACGGUGCGAACCCUGGAGGACGGUGGGAGGAGYAGAGAAGAGCGCCUGCAUGAGGUGCUGUUAGACUACCACAAGAGGGCAGUGCAGGACACUCCACCGGUUAAGACUGGGAUCACCAGGAGCUGGACUUCAGCUAAGCAGGACUACGGCUUCAUCAUAGACGGAGCCACUCUGUCCUUAGUGUUCAACUCCUCUCCUGACUCCAGCCACUACAAGAGUCUGUUACUCCAGAUCUGUCAGAACUGUACCACUGUGCUGUGCUGCCGUAUGGCUCCCCUACAGAAGGCCCAGAUUGUGAACAUGGUGAAGAACUCUAAAGGCAGCCCUAUUACCCUCUCCAUCGGAGAUGGKGCCAACGAUGUCAGUAUGAUCCUGGAGGCACACAUUGGCAUCGGUAUAAAAGGUAAAGAGGGUCGCCAGGCAGUGAGGAACAGUGACUAUGCCAUCCCUAAACUCAAGCACCUGAAGAAACUGUUACUGGGACACGGGCACCUCUACUACGUUCGGAUCGCCCAUCUGGUGCAAUACUUCUUCUACAAGAACCUCUGCUUCAUCUUACCUCAGUUCUUGUACCAGUUUUUCUGUGGAUCUUCCCAGCAAGUGAGUACUGUACCGCGUCCUGCUGAGGCCCCUCUCCUCUCUCUGAGAUUCAAAGAUUCUCUAAACAUGAAAUAG